GGGCACCGGGCGGCGGCGGCGGCGGCGGCGCGCGCCAUGUCGUUCAGUGAAAUGAACCGCAGGACGCUGGCGUUCCGAGGAGGCGGGUUGGUCACCGCCAGCGGCGGCGGCGGCGGCUCCGCGAACAAUAACGUUGGCGGGGAGGCCUCGGCUUGGCCCCAGCACCCCCAGCCAAGACAGCCCCAGCCGCCAGCGCCGCAGCAGCUCAAUGGGCGGGGGGCCGACGAGGAAGUGGAAUUGGAGGGCCUGGAGCCCCAAGACCUGGAGGCCUCUGCCGGGGUGGCCGCCGCCGCCGCCGAGGAAACCAAGGAGUUGCUGCUCCCCCAAGACGCGGGCGGCCCCACCUCGCUGGGCGGCGGUGGCGCAGGGGGCCCCUUGCUAGCGGAAAGGAACCGUCGGACUCUGGCCUUCCGAGGCGGCGGCGGUGGGGGGCUCGGCAACAAUGGCAGUAGCCGCGGCCGCCCCGAGACCUCGGCGUGGCCCCUGAGGCAUUUCAAUGGGCGAGGGCCUGCGGCCGUGGAGCUGGAGCUGGACGCGCUGGAGGGGAAGGAGUUGAUGCCGGACGGCGCGUCCCUGAGCGACAGCACCGAGGACGAAGAGGAGGGGGCGAGCCUGGGCGACGGCAGCGGGGCGGAAGGCGGCAGCUGCAGCAGCAGCAGGCGGUCGGGCGGCGAUGGCGGGGACGAAGCGGAGGGCAGCGGAGUGGGAGCUGGCGAAGGAGAGACUGUCCAGCACUUCCCGCUCGCGCGGCCCAAGUCCCUAAUGCAGAAGCUCCAGUGCUCCUUUCAGACCUCCUGGCUCAAAGAUUUUCCCUGGCUGCGCUAUUCCAAGGAUACUGGCCUUAUGUCUUGCGGCUGGUGCCAAAAGACCCCCGAGGACGGGGUAAGCGGGGACCUGCCUCCAGUGGGGCACGACGAGCUUUCGCGAGGGACCCGCAACUACAAGAAAACCCUCCUUCUGAGGCACCACGUUUCUACCGAGCACAAACUCCACGAAGCCAACGCCCAGGAGUCAGAAAUACCAUCAGAGGAGGGGUACUGUGACUUUAAUAGUAGGCCAAAUGAGAACUCUUAUUGCUAUCAACUUCUUCGACAACUAAAUGAACAGAGGAAGAAAGGUAUUCUUUGUGAUGUCAGCAUUGUGGUGAGCGGAAAAAUCUUUAAAGCUCAUAAGAACAUCCUGGUUGCAGGCAGCCGUUUCUUUAAGACUUUAUAUUGCUUUUCAAACAAAGAAAGCCCUAACCAAAACAAUACUACCCAUUUAGAUAUUGCUGCAGUUCAAGGUUUUUCAGUCAUCUUGGACUUCUUGUAUUCUGGUAACCUGGUGCUCACAAGCCAAAAUGCCAUUGAAGUAAUGACAGUGGCCAGCUAUCUUCAAAUGAGUGAAGUUGUUCAAACUUGCCGAAAUUUCAUUAAAGAUGCCUUAAAUAUAAGCAUUAAAUCAGAAGCUCCAGAGUCUGUAGUUGUGGACUAUAAUAAUAGAAAACCAGUUAACAGAGAUGGCCUGUCUUCAUCACGGGAUCAAAAAAUUGCCAGUUUUUGGGCAACACGGAAUCUUACCAAUUUGGCAAGUAAUGUAAAAAUUGAAAAUGAUGGUUGUAACGUCGACGAGGGCCAAAUAGAAAACUACCAAAUGAAUGACAGUAGUUGGGUCCAGGAUGGUUCACCUGAAUUGACAGAAAAUGAGUCUCAAGGUCAAACAAAAGUGUUUAUUUGGAAUAACAUGGGCUCCCAGGGAAUUCAAGAGACUGGCAAAACAAGGAGGAAAACCCAAGCUACGAAGAGAUUUAUUUAUAAUAUACCACCUAAUAAUGAAACAAAUUUAGAAGAUUGCUCAGUGAUGCAGCCAUCUGUUGCCUAUCCAGAAGAAGAUUUGUCGUUCAUCAAGGAAGAACCAGAUCUGGAUGGUGCUCUACUCUCAGGGCCAGAUUGUGAUAGAAAUGUGAAUACAAAUUUAUUGGCUGAAGCCGGCUCCAGUCAAGAUGGAGGUGAUGCUGGUCCUUCACAUGAUUUCAAGUAUGGCCUGAUGCCUGGCCCUUCAAGCGAUUUCAAGUAUGGAUUGCUACCAGGUACUUCAAAUGAUUUCAAGUAUGGAUUGAUACCAGGUGCUUCUAACGAUUUCAAGUAUGGAUUAUUGCCUGAAUCUUGGCCAAAACAAGAAACUUGGGAAAAUGGUGAAUCAUCUCUAAUCAUGAACAAGUUAAAAUGCCCUCAUUGUAGCUAUGUAGCCAAAUACAGACGAACACUAAAAAGGCAUUUGCUCAUUCAUACGGGAGUCAGAUCAUUUAGCUGUGAUAUUUGUGGGAAACUGUUUACUCGCAGAGAACAUGUAAAAAGACAUUCCCUGGUGCAUAAAAAGGAUAAAAAAUACAAAUGUAUGGUGUGUAAGAAGAUCUUCAUGUUAGCAGCCAGUGUUGGAAUAAGACAUGGAUCUCGACGCUAUGGUGUUUGUGUAGACUGUGCAGAUAAAUCACAACCAGGAGGGCAAGAAGGUGUAGAUCAGGGACAGGAUACAGAUUUCCCUCGGGAUGAAGAAUAUGAGGGGAACGGAGGAGGAGAAGCUGAUGAAGAGCUGGUUGAUGAUGGAGAAGAUCAGAAUGAUGCAUCUCGAUGGGAUGAAUCCGGAGAUGUUUGUAUGUCUCUAGAUGACUAACUGACCUACUAUACUCCUCAAGGAUGCUGCAUUUGGACAUAAUAUGAAUCAACAAUUUGAACUGUUGAACUUGAAGGCUUGCAAAAUAUGGUACAUGCUGGAUGGUAGUUAUGUUGCUGUGAAAACUGUAGGGUCAAAGCCUUAUAGCAAAAAAAAUUUUUUUUUAUAUUUGCACAGGACUGUACAGCAGACAACCUUGUGGUUGGAUUACAUGGAGUCCACACAUCUUCAGUCAGUUAUCAAAGUAAAAAUAUUUUUUAUUUAUAGGAUAUACAGUAACUAUUUGGGUCCUAUGGAAAUAUAGUACCUGUUCUUAAAAAGCUUACAUUCAUGUGCCACUUUAACAUGAAUGAAGAAAAUCCAUUAUUAAGAGUACAGUGACAGCUGACCUAAUUACUCUGUCCAUCAAACCACUCAGGCUAGUUUGUACUAGUAGAGUUUUGUUUCUAUUUUUAUUUUUAUUAAUUUUAUUUUUUUUAAUACAGAUUUUCAGUGAGGGGCCUUUUCAACCCCAUUGGUUCUACUUUUCUGUAUUUUCCAUUUUAAUUUGCUUCAUAACUUAAACCAAGUCUCUUCUAGUCUUAGGUAUUAUUUCUCAAUUUUGUGCUGAUGGGCAUGUCUCUAAGAACUGGAGAGGUAAUUUAUUGGAAUGAACUAACUGACUUCCUCCAUUCCCCUUUUCCUUUUUGACAUGAAUUUUACUACUUUACAAAUGAAGAAUGAUGUUGCAAAGUACCGUGGUGAGGUUGACAAAUACCACUAAAAUGAUUAUGAUUUAGAAGUAACUUUUUCCUGCUGCUCUAAUCUGAUAAAUGGUUACUAUAUGACGUUUUCUGACAAGGCAUUCGGUUUUGGGUAUCUGUUACUUUGGCACUACUCUUGUUUGCUUUUUAUUUUUGCCAGUGUACUAUACCUCAGUCCUAUUUGAAAAGACAGAAAUCUAAUCAAAAGAAAAGUCAUAGAUAAAAUGAUUUGUUUUAUAAUUUAUCCUCCAUGUCCAGUUUUGGUUAGCUUGUUAUGCAAUAUAAGUGAAAUAUCAGGUUUUUACUCCUGUGCCCUUUUUAUCAUUAAAAUUAACACAAAAAGUGCAUUCU